CGGCGGUGGAGGAUUCGGAGGCGGCGGCUUCGGCGGAGGUGGACACCACGGUGGUGGUGGCGGCGGUGGCGGUGGCGGUGGCCAGGUCGUCGGAACGUACAAGGCCGGCCCUGCAUACUUGGUCAAGGCGCUGCAGCCCGUCAGCGGUGGCGGUGGUGGCGGACUCGGCGGUGGUGGCGGACUCGGCGGUGGUGGCGGACUCGGCGGCGGUGGCUUCGGUGGAGGAGGCUUCGGUGGUGGACAUGGCGGCGGACUCGGAGGCGGCGCUGUUGGAGGCGGAGGCGGCACGGCCACCUACCACGUUACUGUCAAGGGCGGUGGCGGCGGUGGUGGCGCUGGAGGAUACGGCGGCGGCGGCUUCGGCGGCGGCGGAGGACACCAUGGCGGUGGCGGCGGUGGUGGUGGCCACGGUGGAGGAGGAGGCGGCGGAGGAUGGUGGUAGAGCACACCAGCCGCAGCCAAUGUACCAUGUCAUCGUUCACAAGUCUCACUCAAUAAUCGCCAAAAACUGUAAGAAGCCCCCAUGGAAGCCUCGUGUGAACGCCGACAAGCAGCCAUAACGUGACGGCCAGUAGAGCAAUCUAGUGUGGAUGCUCCUACCGUUGCCGAGAGCGCUGCAAGCCACGGAGCGCUGAUAAAGAUGAAAUACGCAUGAAAGCAAGAAGUCUCCGCGACAUGCUGUGAUAAGAGGCGGAGCCGCCUGAAGCUUUGACUUUAUACGGAUUAGCCGUGAGCUUGAAAUUAUCAAGUCUUUUAUGGACUGACUUCGUCAAAGAUGUCUUCCAAGCGGCGACGCUCUCGCAUACGAUCGACCUGCCAGCCAUGACCCACAAUUGUGGAGCCAUAGUCGCAGUGACGGCACCUUUACCUCGGCUGAAAUAUGCCACAAAGACAAUAAACUACGGUGUCCUCUCA